AUGAAAUUGCGUCAGCGAGCUCCUGAUCAAAGCUUCUAUCUCUCGCGUCCGCAUCAAUCCCUAUCGGAACUGCCAAGGACCCUUCUUAGGCAAGGUGACAUCAAUGUCAAGACUGGAUCGCAGUGGAUCGCAAGACCUCAGAUUGCGAUCCAUGAAAACCACUGCAAAGAUAUAGUGAAGCACCCUGUCGUCUCCGAACAUACACCGUCGCCCCUCCUUCUAGACGACAUACCACACACCACUACUACACAUAACCCUGCCAACAACAACCAAUACAUAUCUUUAAAUUCCUGCAGCCGAAUCUCGUUUUUGCUGCUUAGACGCUUUCAUUUCCUUUCUCCUCUGUUUCCAUUAUCAUUUCUUCCAGGCGUUAAUUUAAUUGUUCACAUUCAAUCUCGUCUUCGAGAGAGCAAUAAUGCUUCUUCUCCAACAAAUUUCGAGCUUCGUCCAGAGCAUAAGAAAACCGACGGACGACUACUGUUGGCACUGUUGAAGAUGAUUCUAGCACUCGAUAUGGUUAUUUUUGUCUUCGCAGAGGGAGUCCUGAAGUUCACUGAUUCGGGCUGCUCGCAUUCGGACUGGCUUUCGUAUAGUUGCUGCUGGGGGCGCGAUUUCUCCUCUCUCAAUUCGUUCUGCACCUCGCUUACACUUGAUCGGAGAGUUUCUCGUUCCCAACCGUACGUAAUACGUUACAACUUGCCAAAUUAA